AUGUCCACCGCAAGCGAUAUUUCUGCUUUCGAGCACUCCGUUGAACCAGCGCCAGCUGAAACGCUCUUCCGCGAUAAGAAAUGGACCUAUAUUCAAGAUUCGACCUCGAACACGGGUCAAUAUGCCGGUCAUAUUCUUUUCAAUCUAUCUACCAUCUCAACACUCACUCUAAGGCCAUCACUGAAUGGGACUAUAACUACUACUGGUGUAUUAACUCCGGCUAAGAUUUCUAGUAUCAGCAACAACAUGAACUUCGGUAACACUUGCCCUAUCAUGUGGAAUCUCAACUCUGCAACCGGAAAUGCGUCGUAUGGUGCGGGUAAUGCAACCGGUCUCGCGCUACCAGCCACUGACAACGCUCUCAUUCAAAAGAAGACGUUCCGAUACUUCGAACAUAUCACACAUAAGUUUACUGUUCUUUCGAAUCAAUCGUUCACAUGGACAGUCAGUAAUGGUAUUGCUAACCCCAAGAAGCUAAUUCUACAACCUGUAAUUAGCAACCUGAAUGCAGGUGGUACUAUCGCAGACACGAUCAAUCCUUUCCAUCCGCCAUUAACCACAAUUCCUGCUACGACUUCUUCGAUCGCAUCUCUAAAUAAUCUCCAAGUUACGGUAGGUAGCAUCCCUAUCUGGAACAACCCAAUCAGCUUUGGUUAUGAUCUCUUCGUACAAGAAAUGUCAAAAUCUGGUGUUGAUGGAGGCUUAGACGAUCUUACAAGCGCCGGUCUACUAUCUCAACGAUUAUGGGAAUCCCUCUAUUGCUUCAUUGCUGUUGAUAGUGGUCGACAUCUUCCUUCUGAGGAUGGUGCGCAGAAAUCGAUUGUCAUUUCAAAUACGUCAAACUGUGCAUACCCAUUAACAAUUUACUACCAUCUCUGGCGUGAAGUUGUCGCCAUUGUUGACACUGCUAUGGAUACGGUGACUGGGCCUAACUGUGAAGUAGUAGAUGCAGUUGAUCCACCAAAAGCAUACAGAGACCCACCAACAUCCAAUGUAAUUGAGACUGUUCCCGAAACAUGCAAAAUUGGACUUGGAGAGGACACGCCAAUCCCAACUCUACCCGCGGAUGUGAUAGUCAUCUUGCGCGAGUUACCUGUCAUAAUCACAAAAGACAGUGUCCAUAAUCUAGAGGCAGAUACAAAUGUAGACGAUGGACUCUCAGACUUGCUCAUGAGUGGAGCUUACAAUUUCAAUCUUUAUGCAUUGUAG